CCGGAGGUCUCGCCCGAGCCUGGGAGAUGUAGUCCCGGCUCCCGGGCUCGCCGGCGGCUGACGGGGCUUUGGCAGGGGACUACGUUUCCCAGGCCCCCCUGCUGCUCGGCCGGCCCGCGGGAAGGGCCGAGCUGUCAAUCAGUGCGCGUCGGCGUGGGUAGCGAGCCGGGGAUCCCCUGCCCCCCCUCCCCCCCCGGCCUCCUCCGCGUCCCGCUAAUAAUAAGUGUUUCAGAGGCUUAAAAGCAGGGAGGCAAGUGUAAUGCAAGCGCAACGUAAAGGGCUGAGCUCUCGGUGAGUGCCCGGGUGCGCUCUACAGCCGGCACAGCCUGGAGAGAAAAAAAGGGGGGCGGGGGGAGAAAAAAAAAAACACAAAAAAAGCCUCGGAGCUGGUUCCCGGGGAAGGGGCGAGAGGAGAGAAAUCCGAAAGGCUGGACAAGCUGCCAGCGAAGUGGCGAUGAGGCGCAGGAAGACGGCAGUAGCGGCCGGCUGCUGCCUCGCCUUCUUCCUGGGCACCCUGCUGAACGUCCUCUUCAUCCCCGUCUCCGAGCACCCGCUGCCCCGCGAUGGGGUUCCCCCCUCCCCGCCCGGCUCCCCCGUCGACCCGCCGGAGGAGGAAGGCGGCGGCGGCCCGGCCGCCCUGGAGCAGCAGAUCCGCGAGCGCUACGAGGAGGUGCUGCGAUACCGGCAACACCGAGCGGUGGCGGCGAGACGGCGGCCGCUGCGGCCGCGGGAGCGGCGCCUGAUGGACCUGGCGCCGCCGCGCACCUCGGCAGAGCAGCCGGGGCCGCGGGGCCGAGCGGCGGCGGGGCCUCGAGCCGGCGUCUCGGCCGAGCUCUCGCUGGAGCCGCCGCUGCUGGGCUGCCGCGACAUCCGCAAUGUCAGUGGCGUGCAGUACUUGGGCUCGGGGUACACUAAGGCUGUCUACAAGGCUGUCCUCAACCGCACGCUGGCCGUGGCGCUGAAGGCGGUGGAUUUCGGCGGGCAUGACAUCGCCCAUUGCGUGCGGCAGUUCUCCUCUCUCGGGAACUGCUACCGCCUGGCCGCCUACAAGAUCGUCAAGGAGAUGAUUCUGCUGCAGCGGCUGCGCCACGCCAACGUCCUGCAGCUCUAUGGCUAUUGCUACCAAGAUAGCAAUGACAUCCCAGACACGCUGACAACCAUCACUGAACUAGGCUCGCCUUUAGAGAUGAUUCAGCUUUUACAAACAUCCUGGGAGGAUAGAUUUCGAAUAUGUCUCAGCUUGGUUCGGCUCCUGCAUUACUUGGCUCACUCUCCGCUGGGCUCUGUGACGUUACUGGACUUUCGUCCUCGGCAGUUUGUGCUUGUGGAUGGGGAACUGAAGGUGACAGAUCUGGAUGAUGCCAGCAUUGAGGAGAGCUCUUGCACCAGUAACAGUGACUGCUUCAUGGAAUUCCCCGCCAGGAACUUCACCCUCCCCUGUUCGGUUGAGGGACGGUGUCAGAGUAUGAACGAAAAGAGGAAUCUCUACAAUGCCUACAGGUUUUUUUUUACAUAUCUUCUUCCACACAGUGCUCCAUCCUCACUGAGACCAUUACUGGAUAAGAUAGUCAAUGCAACAGGAGAACUUCACUGGGGAAUAGAUGAGACAGCUGCUCAGCUAGAGAGAGUUUUGAAUCUGUAUAAGAGUGGAGAGUACCUACAGAACACAACCUGGACGCCGAAAGCUGCUUUUCACCAUGAUCUGUGCUGAGUGAUGCCUGUCAACGCAGCAGAAUUAUUUUCAGCAGUACAAUCCAUAGGACAAACAUGUCCUUUGUUGAGGAAGUGCCAGGAGGUCUGAAGCUUUUCUGUGAUGCAGGGUGAUCCCAGAUUUAACUUCAGGGUGAAGUGGUGAAUUCUGGGGGGCUGUCAUGUUUGUAAAGAAUCUCAGGGAGUGGAGCUUAGGAGAGCAAUACUAAGUGUAGCAGUCUAGGAUUUUACUAAUAUGGACCUGAGUUCCAUCUACAUUUGGCUACUGCAAUAGUUACACAUUUUGGUGUUAGUUUAAUUCUGUGGAGUCCUGGAUAAUAUAACACAGAAUCCACCACCCCUGUUCAUGGUUAGUAACACCUUUCUGAGCAAGGAGCCUUUUUGAUUUGAAGGACACCACUCAUGGAGUCAGGCACUCUACAGCAUGAGAAAAGAUGUUGAAAAUCUGUAGGGAGAUAUUUUAUGUAGUGUGUUUUGCAGAUCUGCAUUAAAGACUGUGAGUGUACUACUGAAAUCUUGGAUAAGAAAAUGGCUUCAAUGUCAAGCAUGAGGAAUUGGAUAUCUUAGUGGGAUUACACUUAUGAAAUGUGUUUUCAGACUUAGCUGCCAGCCCUUUAAGAAGUGCAGGCCUGUUUCUUGUUUGUUCUAAGGCUGCUGUAUUCAAAUAGAGAAAGGACUGCCAUUUAUUUCUAUUUUGAUUCUCUUUCAUUGCCAGAAAAGUAUCAAGAAAUCCUGUUGUGUGGAUGAAAAUACUCCCGACUAUCAGUUCAUAUCAGUCACUUUCCUUCCACAUUUGAUUGGUAAUACCAUGCUAGAGUUAAUUUUUCAUCUUCUCAGUUCAGAGAUUAGGGAAUUAGAAAUGAUUAAUUAGAAAUUACCCGGAUAGUACAGAGUGAAACAUUCUUCUGUGGUAUGGCAAAGUUGGAGGAGAAGGUGACAGUGGUGCUGGAAGGGACUGGUGCCCAAGUGUUCAGCUUCUUCCAGGACAUUCCUGUGAGCUGAUGCUCUCCUCUCUAUAACUAGAGCUAAACAGAUGAACAGAGCAAACUGAGUAGUUUGUCAUGGUUUUGAAGGGAAGACCUCCUCCUCUGAACACCAGGAAGUGAGCAAGGUGAUAUUGAUAAUCAGUAGAAAGUGACACGAAGAAAGCUCUUGUCAACCGCAGUGUUCCCAUAAAUAAAGUUUAACAAGAUGACAGACAUAUUACAGAGGGCCUUGGAUAUUAAGCUUUCAUUGUGCUUCAGCUAUAAAAGAUUUUAUAGUGCUGUAAAUUAUAUUAUGCUCUGGACUUUGCUUUAGUGUCUUAGGAACAGAGCAGAGGUGUGGGAGACAUUUGAUAGCUAUGUAUGGGUUCUACAACCAUAAAUCACAGUACUGUUAAUGUGGAUAUAGGAGCGUUGCAGUGUUUAAAACAAAACCAUGAACAAAUAGCUUUUAUAUUAAUUUGACUGUUGAUCUCUCUUGCUGGAAUCCAGAAGAAUGUGAACUAAAACAGGAAUCAUGUAUUUCUUCUGACAUAUGUUAUCUAAAAAUAAUUAAGUCAUGUGAUUAAUUGUCCAGAUUAAGACAACUAUAAAAAAAAAUCUACUGAUGUCCAUCAGCAAAGUCCUGCCCCAGUGUCAACAUUUUUA